CGCCGCCGCCGACCUCCAUACGCGUUUUUCUAUGCGCCACCGUCCUUGGAACACCUCCGUAUUUCUUCAUAGUUCUUGCGCCGCCGUUUCAUCUGCGGCGAGAGGAAUGGACUGCGCAAGAGGCGGCAUCGCGAGGUGAGAGAAGCUUCGACUGACUCGGGCGCUCAUCAUCUGCUACGCUGUGUGGGCCGUCUCGCAAGUCUGAUCACCAAAGUAGUGAUACAUUGAAAGUGCAGGGGAUGGCACUGCCUCGUAACCCGCAGCAGUUGGAAAGUAAGCAGGGUCAAAGCGGGCAGAUCCAAAGUGUAAUUAGUGGAAGCUUGAUAAAAAGUCUGACAGUCUUGGAUGAAUUCAAGUAUGGAUUUCCAUCAAAUGGCUUGUCAGUCGCCUCAAAUAAGUGGUGGGGAAGUGGCAGUCUAGGAGAUUUUGAUUACAUACAUGCAACUGAAACUGGUAGAGAAUGCAGAACGAAGUGCAAAGAUGUGGCAGAUGAUGGUUCCAGUGAUGAAAAGAAACCUGAAGGUGAGAAAGAGAACAGGGAUUCCACUCUCCAGGGGUCUAGUUUGCUGAUGGCUGUGAGGAAAAGAGCCCUUGACGAAGGACGAGAGGCACUCAAGCUGGGUGUUUUUAGGAGCCACCAUGCUCGUAAGAUAGGCAAGACAGAGAAAUCACUGAUGCUUAACAUUUUUCAAUCUUCACUGCCAAAGGGAUGGAUGGAUGAUUAAGUUGAAUCAGAGGGAUGCUAUAAAAACUGUAGUGCAAGUGAUUGGCUUCUUAAUUACCGCAGUGGGAGAUAAAAUGCUCGAAUGAAAUGUUGCUCAUUUGUCUCUAAUUGUCUGACUCUUGAAUGUUGAGGUAUUCCACUCACUAUGAUGUUCUUUUCA